AUGACCCAAUCUGCAGCUUCAAUUGUCGGUGUCACUACAAAAUACUCCACGCUGUGCGGGCCGCUUAAUAGGCUGCUCGACGGUGGCCUGAAGCAAGGGUGUAUCUUGGAGCUGUCCGGUGCUCCGGGCUGCGGAAAGGAGGCUCUAGCCGUGAACAUUUCCAGAAGCUACGUUGACUCGUCGAAAGGCGUCUUAUUUAUCGAUAUGCAGAAUAUGACAACUCCCGCCACCCUCGAUAGGUUACUACGUAAAUCGUCGCACACAGUGUCAGCGUAUCAGAAACUCGUCCGCCAUCUCCAACUACACACCCUUCUCGACUUGAUGGUCUUUCUGCAGAACCUUCCGUCAUAUCUGCAAAAUCAUCCGGAUAUUGCUCUCAUCGUUCUGAAUUCCUUGUCCUUCCCAUUCCAGUCCCCGGAUGUGACCUAUGCGGUCCGCAAUGCCGUUCUUGACAAAGUCAAGCAAAUCCUAGCGAAAACUGUUGCUUCGACAAGGGUGACCGUAGUAAUCACGAGCCAAUUGGCCACGAAGAUGUACAAGGCGGACGGCUCCGCAGCGAACUUCGACACGGGCUCGAGAGCGAUCAUGGUUCCUCUUCUCGGUCCGUCCACGUUCACUACGCUUCCGAAUGACCCGUCACUGAAUUUCGUGUGA